AGACAAUAUAGACCAGCUCAGAGGAAAUAAUCUCAACUCACAAACAAAAAUUACAAAAAGUGACAUUAAACAUCUGACUGUCAAAUUACGACCGAAAAAAAUAUAAUUCGUAAAAAUUACAAUACUUUUGGCUAACGUCCCAUAACAAACUAAUAUCAUAAUGGUACGAGUUACUCCGGUUCUUGCUCGUAUUCCCGUUAUAAAGUUUCGCAAGGGUGGUUUAAGUGGGGCUUCGAGACCCGCCGCUGCAGCUCCAUCAGCGCCAAACGCUGCAUCAGCUGGAUCUCCGGCACCAGCAGCCGCGCCAGCCCAAGUGCAGUCAGCAGCAGCAAUGAGUACAUCUGCCGUGCCAGAUGUUGAUCUCCCUCUCCGCUACAGAAGGCAACCUCUAUCUGAUGAAGAAAUUGCAUACAUCAACGGGGGAGGAAUUGUUUAGUCCUUCAACUUAAAAUAUAGUAGAUGCAGUUUUCAUUAGUAGAAGUUGGUUAAUAAUAUAGUUAUUAUAUCUUAGUAUUUUUCUAAAUUAAAUUGUUUAUAUAACAUACACAACUAUAUUUAUGAUUAAAAGAAAAUGCGAAAUACCUGGGUUAUGUAAAAUUGUUAAUCUCAUAAAAGAUAGAAAGACAAAAAAAAUGUUGGAAAACUAUGUCCAAUUUCAAAAUCACUUCACAUUAGAAAAUUAUUAAUUUCUAAAGUUUUCUUUCACCUUGCUCAGUAGCACUAUGCCACUAUGAAAACUUAUAUGAUAAAGUCCAAAUUUAUAUGAAUAAUAAUUUAUUUUUUUAACAUAAAUAAUUAGAUAGAGAUGAAUUUAUUAUGUAAGCAGCUUACUCAAAAUCUCUAAGUAACUAUGAUUUACUUUGAGUAUGUGGCUUACAUUACAUGGAUAUGCCUUCUGUAUGCCAAUAAAAUUACAAUGCUCAAUUAUUUUUAUGAAUACCCUUAUAAGAAAAUACGACAGACAUAUUUUCAUUAUAAAUAUUAAAAAUAAAUCUUACUUAUAUUGCAGACAGAAACUGAAACUCAUCGUAAACCUCCAGAGGUGCCAAUAACAAUGGGAGUAAUAAGAGUUCCUCGUGGGGUUCUUAUAGAUUGCGGCGCAAAGAAAAAAGAAGUCGUAUCUCUUAACAUUGUUUUACAAAAAUGUAAGAAGUAGUAAAACUGGAACAUCUGUCCCAGGAACACCUCACAAAAACUGAGGAUCGAGUAAAUACUCUAAAAUUGUGAAUUGGUACUUAUAGUUGUUGCCUAUGCUACUUAAUAAAUAAACUAUUUAUGUCAAUAAUAUAAUUUAUUACUAGAAAAGUAUACAUAAAUAAAAAAUUGCGAAGUGCUAUUAAUUAAUCCUUUUAUUAUUUAGGAGUAUAGUCAGUGUACAAAAUAUAAAUAAUAUACAGUAAAGAAAUUAUUAGAAAUGCUCUAAUAAUACCGAACAUUGAGUUUUUCGUUUUGGAUGGCCCACAUCUGUGUAGCCGGCCCAUUGUAAGCGACAUCGCUAUUAACCUCGAACUUGAUUAUGCCGAAUUUAGCAAAUUUGUUUUUCCACUGUUGUGUCUGAGGUAGGCGGAGCAGCGCAUUUGUUAUUGCCUUUUUUGUCUCUUCUGAAACAAAUACUUUCAUUAGUCUGUAUUCCACGCCAUAGGCAUUUUGUGUUGAGUCCGUGUAUUAUGCUCUUGAAAGUCUAGGUAGCUCUAGGGUUGUAACGUUGUUUUUAACCGCGUAACUUAUUUAGUGAGACUUUCCUACAAGGUGCUGCACUUUCGCUUUAUAGCGACCCGAUGCCGAUUUAGAUACCUAGGUACAAUAAAAUUAUAAACAGAACAGAACCGGCGGUUUCGCCACAGUGCGGCCGGAGCCUUACGAAUUCUAAGGACUUGACAUUGGACUUUCCAGUAACAAUUCAGUCUGCAUAUCCAAUCAUUGCCAAAGCAUAGGGCAGCCUCAUAUCUCAGUUUAUCAGUUCUGCGACAAAUUUGACUGCUUACUAACAUCAAUUUAUCGUUAUGAUUUUGGUAAUUAUUUAAGAAUUGUCUGCGGUUAGGUGACUCAUUAGGUGUUAAAUCAUCAUGGCUGACAACCACACGAAUGGUUGAUUGAUUGAUAAUACCUAAGCGGUUUGUAUGAAAUGACAUCGUUAGCCUUAGAGCAUUCUAGGUAGGUCGCAUCAGGCGGCGGCCGACCUGAUGUCACAAGCGGUUGCGACAGUCGUUGCAAGGAUCCGGCAGUUCGGAAUCGAGGUGGCGCUCCACAAGUCCGAGGCCAUGUGUUUUUAUAGCCGUCGGAACGCGCCACCUCCAGAUGAGUCCCAAAUAAUGGCAGGAGGGGUUACCAUAGGCGUCGAGUCGGCGAUGAAGUACCUGGCCCCUUGCCCUCGACAGCCCGUGGAACGUUAAGGAGCAUUUCUGUCGUUUGGCUCCUAAAUUGGAACGGACUGGGGCCGCACUCGAGCGGCUCCUUCCCAACCUGGGGUAGGCAAAUACCUCCUGCCCGAGGUUGUAUAUGGGGAUUGUGCGAUACAUGGCCCUCUACGGGGGCCCUGGGCGCCAGACUUGAGGCGGUGGCCAGCUCGUACGCUGGUCGUACAUACGUGGCGAAAUGAUCUCCGGCGAGAUCUCAUGGCUGAGUGGAAGCAACGACUGUCGCAACCGAGGACCGGACACGCUAUUAUAGCAGCGGUAAGAGGGGUCCCUCUUUGAGGAGUGGCUUGAGAGCGGCGUACUCACGUUCCGCCUGACGCAGGUGCUUACCGGGCACGGCAGCUUGGGUAGGUUCCUGUUUGGGAUCUAGCGGGAGGAAACGCCCGAGCGUCGUCAUUGUGAGGAGCUAUAGCUAUAUUCAAAAUUCCUAACGACAAUGGUUAGCUUCUAUCACAUAAGACAGGUAUCACCGGUAUCACACGCAUCUCCAGGUAGGUACCAGGUACCUAUAAUUUAUUAGGUACGCCAUAUGGGUUUUUAUACAAUAUUUUUCAAAUCAAAAACUGUGGAAACUACUGAUUCGUGGUACCCACUCAUAGUUAGGUACAUACUCGUAUAUGGUCAUAUCAUGGCCUACAAACUUAUUUAAGCAGGUCAGUAGGAACAUUUUCAAUAAAGAUUAGUUAGAGACAGGAAAAGACAAUUUUAAGUUUCCAUAGAAACAAAAUCGGGUAUCUUUAGUAGAGAUUUUUUCUAAAUUUUAGACUGUUAUGUAUAUUGCGUACGUAGGUAGUGAUGGAAUUUUAUCCAGAUACCUAAUUGCUUAGUAAAUACUUAAUUUUUAUCCAAAGCUGUGGAUAAAUAAAUAAGUAGGUACCUACCUACGGUCCGUUCGGUUCGAUUCGACCAGAAACAACUCUGUGUGAUUCAUACAUUGUUGUUCCGGGUCUGGAUGUUAUGCUUGUGAAAUUGUAUGUUUGUAAACAUACCUACCCAUUACACAGAAAACAAUCCUAGUGCGGCACGUACAAAUACAAAUAAAUACUUUCAUUAUCAUCAUAAAGGCCACUUCCCUUGCUGAACAUAGGCUUCCCCGGUGACUGUGACGGCAUCCUACGACCCUUAUUAAAUCUUCUGAGUAUUUUCUGGAUGGACGUCUUACGCUACGUUUGUCCUCCGCUCGAGAACUUUUCUGCCCCGUCGGUUUCUGUUCUACGAGCUAUACAUAUACCCCGUUCGCCCUAGGUGGGCCGGAAGAAGACAUUCGACGAUUUACAUUGCGCUUGCACUCACAACUCCGGCUGGGCAUCGGCCCUACUAGGCCCCUGUGCCCAACUGUGAUGGUCUGGUUUAGUUCUGGAGCUACCCUUGUUGCUCAUCGGAAAACCCGCGUUUUACGGUGAAUGUUUUGUCGCAGGAGAAGACGACGACUUUCCCGUUCCUCUCGCUCCGCACCAAUGGUCUAAAGUAGUCUAAACUCUAAACUAACGCCGGGUGCGGGUGCUUGCCGCCGCUGAUCGUUUCUCUAAGGACACAUCGGUGCUACGGAAUGCUCAAACGUAGGUAAGUACAUAUCCUCCGAACACUAUGUAAUCUUAGGACGGACUAAAAUGCGGUCCGAUUCAUGAAAAUUGUUUGAUAAGUAAUAAUAUAGCAUCCAUAAAUAAAUAGGUAUAGUCUGAGAAACAAAAAUUGUUCAAUAAGUAGGUACAUAGGUAGAUAAGUAAUGGGCUAUAUCACUUUUGCACGACCGUACUACGAUAAUAAUACAUACUUAGGUAUUAAAGCAGAAAAUACACUCACCGUGUAGUUUAGCGUUGACCACGAUAGGAUAUGGUGGUAAUCGACCUAAAGUUUCCAGGGUUAUAAUAUCUUUGCCACCAUCGUACAUAAACUUCUUAGAAAAAAGGAGAGUUGUGGAGUCAACUGCGGCCCAUUCUGCUUGUUUAGAGAGCACCAUCUGAGCCGACGACAAAUGUGAUCCAGAUCCUGUGUAAAAUGAUUAUUUUAAAUUGUCAUAAUUUAUCAUUUACGUUACUUAAGUAUCUAAUUCAUAAUGUAAGCAACUUAAAAUACCUACUUAGCAGAGAUCCAAAAAAUGAAGCAUUUUCGCCUUUUUCUUUUAAUGUUUUUAACACUAUUUUACUUCCACUCAGAGAUUCCUCGUCACUGUAUGCAAAUGUACAACCGCGAAGAUCCAAUAAAGUAUUAACGUUAUGAGCCCUGUUAAAAAACCGUAUUAUAAGCAACUAUUUACUUAUAUAAAACAAUAUUAACGUUUGGCAGCUAAUU